CCAACCUGCCUCCAAGCCCCCACCAUUGGAAGAGAGAAGUGUAUGAAAUCUCAGCCCAGUCUUUUGAUAGAUCAGCCCACUCCCCACUUCUAAUUUAUUUUUUAAAAAUGAUGACGUGGCAAGAGCUUCCCUAUUCUUCCGUUUCCCCUCCUGCUGCUAACUACUGGGAGACGCCUUCGAUUCCCGAUCAGAUUGCGUCUGACGGUGAGGAUCGUCAGACGGAAUGGACGGCCCACGAGAACAAGCUGUUCGAAAACGCGCUGGCGGAAUUCGAGGACGAGAAUGCGCCGGGCAGAUGGGAGAAGGUGGCGGCGAGGGUGCCGGGGAAGACGGCGGAGGAGGUUUUGAAGCAUUACCAGACACUCGCUGAGGAUGUCGAGCUCAUCGAGUCCGGCCAGACACCGCUCCCGCAUUAUAUGGACGAUGACGGCGGCAAUGAGUCCGAUGAUAAUUGCGCCGAAGCGGUCCGGAAAGUGAAGAAGAAAUGGACGGUAAAUCGAACGGCUGAGCAGGAACGGAAGAAAGGGGUCCCAUGGAAUGAAGAAGAGCAUAGGUUGUUUCUAAUAGGACUCAGCAAGUACGGAAAAGGUGAUUGGAGGAGCAUCUCUAGGAACUGCGUCAAAACAAGGACCCCUACCCAAGUAGCCAGCCACGCACAAAAGUACUUCAACCGUCUUACCAACCUCGAAAAGAAAGAGAGGCGCCGGCCCAGUAUCCAUGACAUCAGAAGCAUAAAGGAAAAAGAGUCCAGUCCCACCAUCACCGUCCAUCCAUCGAUCAUCGUCCCACCUUCACCAACGCCGUGCACAAACGUAAUGGGACCCACGAUCCAACCGUCAAACAUGCACGCGAUGAGAGGGGGUUUGACUCCCAUCCUUCCAAAGCCUCCAUCUUGCCCAUACAACUACUAUGGAGGGCUAGAAAGCUACAUGUCCAACAAUUUGAUUGGUGGGGUUGAGCAGUGUCCACCGUCCAUUGGUUUCAGGGGUGGAUUUGCAGACUUGCCAUUGGCCAAUAUGAGGGUUGGAGGGUUUGGAAACUUAACGUCCGUCAAUGUCAGAGAAGGCCCACCAUAUAGUGUGUAUGAUCUUCCGGCACUGCAGCGGCGCUGAAAGUGAGAAAUGUGGAGAACGUGUGUAGCUUUUUGAGAUACACAUGAAAGUACUGUACAGUUUCGUCUUUCGUUCCGUCUGUCGGUCUGUUUUUUUUACCGCGUCUGCUGCAACGGAAAAAACUCUGUGGAGCCCACCUGAUGUGUGUGUGAAAUCUACUCCGUCCAUCGGUUGAGCCGCUCAUAUUAGUUUUUGAGCCAAAAAUAAGAAAGAUCUAGGACUCUCAAGUGGGCUCCACUACAGGAAUCAGUGUGUAUGGCAAAAACGUUUCGGUG